GCUCGCACAAGACGCGGGAAGCUGUGUGCCCGCGCGUUUCAGUUUUACUUCGUUUGAGCCUGUGCUGCGGCUGUAGGUUGCAGCAGACGCUUCCACGGCACCGUGUGUCACAAGAAAUCAAGAAUGGAUGUCGUCUGCCUGGUACGGCACGCGUCGUCGAAAAAAAAGAUAUGUGUUCGAGGCGAAAAGAAGCUUCAGGAUGUAUUGGAUGCACUGAAAGAAUCUCCUUUUCGAGAGUUGGUAACAGACAACCUACUUGUUCAGCUCUAUGAUAAGGACUUCGAUGACUAUAUUGACAUGGACGAAAAUGACGUUGUGGAGCAACAUUCUGUAAUCAACAUAAUCACAACGGAUGAAGUUAAAAAUGCAGAAAAGAAAAGCGAUCAAGAAAUGGGGCAAGACGCUGAACUAGCUUCCAUUGCAAGAAAUGCACCUAGCACCUCAAGGCAGGACACACAGCCCGCUUUGACAGUGCCCCUGUACCGCCUUCCAGAAACGCCUAUGCACAUACAGGCAUUUAUAAAGGACAUCAGGAAAGGGAAUGUGCCUGAGAGCGUGCGAAGGAGGAUUGUUGACUGGGUAUACUAUGAUGUGUGUGCUCAUACACUGUACCCCGGAAAGUUGUACGGAAUAGCAGCACAACAGCUUGUGAGGCGCUACCCUGAGUUGAAAGAUAUUUCCAUGGAAGGGCAUGUAUGUAUUUCUUUUGCAAAGAUUGCCAGAAGUACGAUGUAUCACAUAGCGAAAAAAGUUUGUGAAGUGGUAUACGGUCAUCCCUUGAUUUAUUAACAGCAUGUAUUCCUCUGAAAAUCGUUCAUGAAUCGAGGUUUGCAGUGAAUGGGGGCCUGGAACUAUUAGAAUCGCAGAAACUACAUUGUAACCCUGUAACAUUUAUGUACUUUGCAGCUUUCUGGUAUUCAUUAUUUCUGAAAGUACUUGAUGUAGUUUGAAGUGGUACUCUGCGUCAGUGACUCUCCAGUGUCAGUUUCGCAGAGGAAAAAUGUUAUAGUGUUCUCUGACACUGCACUUGUCGAUCCGAACCCCAAAAUACUCUAUCACAUUGUGCAAAACCUUACACAUUGACCCAGCUGUGAUGCACAAACGUUUCGAGGAAUGGUGGUCGUAUUUAUCUUUUGGCCUCUCGAGGAUGACAUGGUGUAACACCCUCCGCACCAAUCUGUGUGUUAAUGACCUUGGUUCGUACACCCAGGAGGAAAUACAAGGGAUACAUUUUGUUUCGUGAGCCACAGUUAGUAAAAUGAGGGAAUUAGAAAAUCAAGGUUUGAUAAGUUGAGGAUUAACUGUACUUAUAUUCCAAAAAUAACGAUCACAAGAAUAAAUAAUUUUCGCUGCUGUUUUUCCUUAUUUUACCUGCGCUAUCUGCGGGUAUCUAUGGCAUUUCUGGUAUCUCACUAUGGCAUGACAUAUAAAUGUAUAUAUAUUUCAGUAUUCAUGGUACAUGUCCUUACGCAACAAGGCAAAGAAUGUCAGGCGAAAACUGGGCAGUGGUGUACCCGAGGUCGAUGCUGCCAGAAACAAAGCAAAAAGUGCUAAAGAAAAAACAUCCACGCUGCCAGCACCUGAAGACAGUGCACGACCAAGACAGGUGUUGAGAGAGGUAUCACUGUGUGCAGCUGACAACGUAUGCAGAUGUAUUAUAUGAACUCAAGCAACUUAUACACAGGAAAAAUACAUGCAACCAGUUGUGUAUGUAGCCUAACUAUUCUAAGCCUAACAGGUAAAAAAAGCAGGUUUAAAGCUACGGUAACCGUAUGUCAGAGACAGUGCAAAUGUCUUUCGCAUUGAACGUUUCUUAGUAUGUAAAAUUCAUUAGAUGUGGAAAAAUGCCAACAAAGUUCAAGAAGCCAAGGGCAGAAAAAAAGAGAAGUCCUACCAGUUGUUGCCUCGCUGAAUUUUUGCACUCAUUACAGCACACUCGCACUGCAGU